AUGAAAGCAUGGAGAAGCAAAGAGCACGCGCAAGAAGAAUUACGAGGAAAAGCCAACGAAUCAUACGGAGUUCUUGCUGGUUUUUUGCACAUGUUGCAAAAAACUAAUCCCGGAACAAUAGUGCACAUGGAAACAGAGGAUGACAACAGCUUCAAAUACCACUGCAAAAACAACAGGUAUUCAACUAUGACUUCAAACAUUGCUGAAUCUCUAAAUGCAGCAAACUUGGCAGCUAGAGAGCUACCAAUCACAACACUGAUGGAGUCAUUGAGAGCAUUGAUUCAACAAUGGACAUACACAAACAGGAAAAAAGCACAGAAAACAACAACAUUUUUAACACCUACAGCAGAGAAGAAAUUAGUCGACAACUUUGUGGACUCAUUGACAGAAAAUGUAAAACCAAUAAACGAGACCAUGUUCGAAGUCGUUGAACUAACCAGAUCAUGGGUCAUCAACCUCAAGGAGAAAACAUGCAGUUGCAACAGAUUCCAACUUGAUGAGUUGCCGUGUGCUCAUGCGCUUGCUGUUGAUCUAUGA